GCGGCUAGUUGGGGCGGUGGCACCGGCAGCACCAGAGCCAGCGGACGGCAACUCCAAACUAACAUGGCAGUCAGACUGUGUGAUGUGGCUUCUCUGCUUAGAAGUGGUUCGUGGGCAGCAGAGCCUUGGACUGGGCAGGUAAUUGCUGCCAUGGAAACACAACUGUCUAAUGGACCAACUUGCAAUAACACAGCCCAUGGUUCAACCACCAUAAAUAAUUGCUCAUCACCAGUUGAUUCUGGAAACACGGAAGACAGCAAGACCAAUUUAAUAGUCAACUACCUUCCACAGAACAUGACACAAGAAGAACUGAAGAGUCUGUUUGGCAGCAUUGGUGAGAUAGAAUCCUGCAAGCUUGUCAGGGACAAAAUAACAGGACAGAGCUUGGGUUAUGGUUUUGUGAACUACGUUGACCCCAAGGAUGCCGAAAAAGCUAUCAACACUCUGAACGGAUUGAGACUUCAAACUAAAACCAUAAAAGUUUCCUAUGCACGACCAAGUUCGGCUUCUAUCAGAGAUGCGAAUUUGUAUGUUAGUGGACUUCCAAAAACAAUGACCCAGAAAGAACUGGAACAGCUCUUUUCCCAAUACGGACGCAUUAUUACUUCUCGUAUUCUGGUUGACCAAGUUACUGGGGUAUCAAGGGGCGUGGGGUUUAUCCGGUUUGACAAGCGAAUUGAAGCAGAAGAAGCUAUCAAGGGCUUGAAUGGCCAGAAACCUCCAGGUGCCACAGAGCCCAUCACUGUAAAGUUUGCUAACAAUCCAAGCCAAAAAACAAAUCAGGCCAUCCUUUCCCAGCUGUACCAUUCUCCAAACAGAAGGUAUCCGGCACCUCUAGCUCAGCAGGCUCAACGUUUCAGUUUAUGUUUUAACAUUUGUUACUGCUCCCAAAACCUGCGUCUGUCUGGGUAUUCAAGUCAGCAGACUGUCAGAAUCCUCAGUAAAGUCUUCAUCCAAAACAAGUUGGACAAUCUGCUCAACAUGGCUUAUGGAGUAAAGAGUAGGUUUCCUCCAAUGACCAUUGAUGGAAUGACCAGUUUGGCCGGCAUUAAUAUCCCUGGACAUGCAGGAACUGGAUGGUGCAUUUUUGUGUACAACUUGGCCCCUGAUGCUGAUGAGAGUAUCCUCUGGCAAAUGUUUGGACCCUUCGGAGCAGUAACCAAUGUGAAGGUCAUCCGUGACUUUAACACCAACAAGUGCAAAGGUUUUGGAUUUGUGACUAUGACAAACUAUGAUGAGGCAGCUAUGGCAAUAGCCAGCCUGAAUGGAUACCGCCUCGGGGACAGAGUAUUGCAGGUCUCCUUCAAAACAAACAAAACGCACAAAGCCUAACAAGUUAUUCUCAGUGCAUUAAUACAUGAAAACUAUACAACAAAGGCAAUUUACAAGAAGCUUUAUGCAUUAGUAAAUGCCUUUGUUGUAUGCCAGUGUGGAAAUGGGGAUAAAAUGACUACUUAGCAUCCUAAGAAUAU